CGAGCUGUUCCACACUUCGAAGCGCCACGCGCGUCCACCCGGUCGAUCUCAUCGGCUAGUCUGGCGUGGCUCAGGCAGCUGGCAAGGCGCAGCAUGACCGCGCCGCUCGCCGACAAGCUGUCAUCCCUACGCCUUCCUCAUGAGCAGCCAGAACAGGGUGCGCUCACCGCCACAAGCAAACUCGAUGGCACUUCCUUGACUGCCCAAGCGGGUACCUCUGCACUCGAGGCCAAUAAUUGGCAGCCCGAAAGGGGCAGAUUGCUCUGGGUGGAUUGUGAGAUGACGGGCCUCAACUUGAAGACGGACAGGAUUAUCGAGAUUGCGGCGAUGGUGACGGACAAAGAUCUCACGCUGCUCGACGAAGGGAUAGAGUAUGUCGUCAGGACAGACAAGAGCGUGCUGGAUCAGAUGGACGAGUGGUGCACAAAGACACACAGCGGGACGGGUCUGACCCAAGCGUGCAUCGCCUCGAAGCAUUCGAUCGAAGAAGUAGAUCGCAAAGUGACAGAAUACGUCAAGCGAUACUUUCCAGACGACCGGAGUGCCGUCCUCGCUGGUUCGUCUGUUCAUGCGGACGCCAACUUCAUCAGGAAGGACAUGCCGCUGCUUGCGAAAUGUCUACAUUAUCGUAUCGUCGAUGUCUCGUCGGUCAAGGAGCUCGUGGCCAGGUGGUACAGUCUACCCAGGCAAGAGCGAGAUCCCAAGCAGGGAGGCCAACAGCACCGCGCGAGGGACGACAUCAUGGCGAGCAUCAAGGAGCUCAAGCGGUACAGAUCUACUGUCUUUAAGCCCGCCAAUGCAGUCAAUUCAUGAGACAAAAGAAAACAUGUACAAUCAGACAACAGAUGAGGUGGAGCAUGAGGUCGAGACAGG